AUGGCAAAGAAGAAGAAGGACAAGGAGGCGAAGAAGGCGCGUGCGGAGCAGAAGCUGAAGAAGAACCAGGCGAAGGCGGAGUCGAAGGACAAGAAGCGGGCCAAGAAGCUCGACGAGGACGACGACGACAUGGACAUCGAGGAAGUGCUCGCGAACUUCAAGAAGGAGCAGGAGCAGUUCGAGAAGGUGGCUGUAGACUCAGUCGACAAAGUGAACAAGAGGCUGAACCCAUGCAUGGUCGGAAACCCCUCGGCGUCGAGCAGCAAGAAAGAGCUUAUAGUGUUCGGCGGAGAGUUCACCAACCCGCAGACGUCCACGACCACGUUCUACAACGACCUGCACACUUUCACGCCGGAAAACAACCAGUGGAAGAGGUACACGUCCCAGAACGCGCCCAUGCCAAGGUCCAGCGCGGCAAUGGCCGCGCACCCGAGCGGUAUAGCGCUGCUGCACGGGGGUGAGUUCUCCUCGCCAAAACAGAACACUUUCUACCACUACAGCGACACAUGGAUCCUGGACUGUAACACAAAGGAAUGGGCCAAGGUAGACGCCAAAGUCGGGCCCUCCGCAAGAUCAGGACACAGAAUCACAGUGUGGAAGAACUUCUUCAUCCUGCACGGUGGGUUCAGAGACCUCGGCACCAGCACAACUUACUUGAGUGACUGCUGGCUGUUCGACAUCACCACUUAUAAGUGGAAGCAGGUCGAGUUCCCUUCAAACCACCAGGUCCCAGACGCAAGGUCCGGCCACUCGUUUAUCCCAACCGCAGAGGGUGCUAUCCUGUGGGGUGGGUACUGUAAAGUAAAGGCCAACAAGAAGGGCUACCAAAAGGGUAAGAUCCUCUCUGACUGCUGGUACUUGAAGAUGAAGAGCGAUAUCAGCGGCAUAAGAUGGGAGCGCAGACGGAAACAAGGGUUCCAGCCUUCGCCAAGAGUCGGGUGCUCAAUGGCUUACCACAAGGGUAGAGGUAUCUUGUUCGGAGGUGUCUACGAUUUCGAAGAAACUGAAGAGAGCUUGGAAUCCAAUUUCUUCAACGACUUGUUCUCCUACCACAUCGAAAGUAACAGAUGGUACUCGUUGUCUAUUAGAUCGAGAAAGAGUAAUAACAAUGCCGUGGCUAAGAAGUCCGGUAAGAACUCGAAAGAACAGGAGAAGGAAUUGAAGAUGCUGUUGGAUUCUAUCCUGGAGAAGGCCAACUUGCAAGACAAAUCUGAUGACGAUGAAGACGAUGAAGAGAUCAACACCGCACUUGCGAAGGUCGAUCUGGAAGACGAAGAAGAAGAACAGUUAGCAGUGCAACAUACAAUCCUCACACAACUUCCACAUCCAAGAUUCAAUGCUACCACUACUGUUAUAGACGAUACUUUAUUUAUUUUUGGUGGUAUUUGGGAACUGGGUGACAAAGAGUUCAUGAUUGACUCCUUAUACAGCAUCGACCUGAAUAAAUUAGAUGGUGUGACUAUGUAUUGGGAAGAUUUGAAGGAAAUUGAAAGAGCUAAGGAAUUGGGUGUUGAAGAUUCUGAUUUCGAAGAUGAUGAUGAAGAUGACGAUGAUGAAGACGACGACGAAGAAGACGAUAACGAAAAGGAUGAAGGUGAUGAUGAAGAAAGCGAAGAAGAAGAAGAAGAAGAAAUUGAAGAAGAACUUGAAUACCCUGACCCAAGACCUUGGUUACCUCAUCCUAAGCCUUUUGAAACUCUAAGAGCUUUCUAUAUUCGUGAAGGUGCGGCAUUCCUCGAAUGGGCCAUUUCUAAUAAUAAAAAUGCCAAGGGUAAGCAUCUGAAAAAGCAUUCCUUUGAUUUAUGUCAAGAACGUUGGUGGGAAAGACGUGACCAAUUGCGUAUCGAGGAGGACAAAUUGGAAGAAAUUGGUGGCGUUGGAGAUAUUAUCGAGAGAGACAAAUCUGCUAGCAGCAAGAGAAGAUGA